CGGUAUUUGUGUGGGUGUUGGUAAUGAAGUUGUUUCUGAUUCUUAAAGUUACUUUCCUCCUCCUGUCCUUAGCUGGACUUUACAAGGUGUACAAGAGAUGGAAAUUGAGACAAUCUCUCUCUUCUCUGAGUGGGAAAGUUGUACUAAUCACAGGUGCCAGCAGUGGACUGGGAGAAGCACUUGCUUUCUUACUCCAUUCUGUUGGUGCUAAACUGAUUCUUGCUGGACGUAAUGUACACAAACUGAAACAAAUUCAAUUCACUUUAGACACGGACACGCACACUCAAGUUAAAGGUUUAAUCAAGAAAUACUCCCCAGCCAUUUUGGAAAUAGAUUUAACUGAGAGUCACGCAUUGUCAGGUCAUGGACAGAAUGCAAUUAAAAUAUUUGGAAGGAUAGAUAUACUAGUUAACAAUGCAGGAGUUAGUUCCAGGGGUAGUGUCAUUGAUACUGACAUCAGAGUAGACAGAACUAUCAUGGAAACUAAUUAUUUUGGAUCAAUACAGUUAACUAAAAUGUUGCUGCCAUACAUGUUGGAAGAAGGAGGCGGUCACAUAGUAGUCAUUAGCAGUUUACAAGGAAAACUUGGACUACCUUAUAGAUCUUCAUACUCUGCAUCAAAGCAUGCAUUACACGGAUAUUAUGAUUCCUUGAGAGCUGAGCUAUCUCCAAGAGGUAUAAGUGUCACAAUACUUUGUUUUGGGUACAUUAAUACAAGACUGUCUGUAAAUGCACUCACUGCUGAUGGCACAUCUCAUGGUGUUUUAGAUGCAACAACUAGUAAUGGAUUGUCAGCAGAGAGAGCUGCUCAGUGUGUGCUGGAAGCAAUCGCUCUAAAGGAAAGAGAGAGGAUUGUUGCUUCUCCAAUACAUCAUGUAGCUGUUUAUUUAAAGCUACUCUCUCCUUCCCUCCUCGAUUGGGCUCUCAGAAAGAGAUCAAAAUCUAACUAGCCCCUAAUUAUCAUUAUUAUUAUUAAUGAAAUAAAUGUGUCCUAAUUGCAUGGUGUAAAGAAUAUUAAUUAGUAUAUUA